AUGCAGAGCCUGGUUCUACCCGGUCCGACCUCACUCCUUUCUACGCCAUUUGGGCGGCCUGCGGAAGCUGAAGACGGCCUGUCCAAAUUUCGGGCGAAAUUCAGCCCUCAUAGGUCUGCGCAUCAGGAUUACCCAUCCCCGCCCAUGUCAGAACCUCAAUCCCCAGGUCGUCGAUCAGCACAGUCUGUUGAAUCCGCGCGCCUCUCUUACUCGCAACCUGUAGGAUCGUCUCAACGACAGGAUAGCUUUGUUCAACCUCCUGCGCCGCCCGCAACAUACGAUCCACGUUCAUCAAUGGCAACUCCCGUUCUCCAGCGACCACUAUACCCUGGGGAAUCCCAGCCUAGGGGCCAGGCUCUCUCUUAUCAACCUGGACGUCCACUUCAACAUCAAUCUUAUGGACAGUCUAUUCCCCAGCCGUAUCCAUACGGCUACCAAAAUACCCCUUUGCCACCCUAUGCUGGAAUGCAACACCAAGGGCCUAUGGUUCAGCCAACUGCGAUGAUUGCACCACCACCAGCCAGACCAGCCAAGCCAGCCAGAAGAACCAAAGCACAUGUGGCAUCAGCCUGUGUCAACUGCAAAAAGGCACAUCUCAGCUGUGAUGUUCAGCGUCCUUGUGGCCGCUGUGUGGCUUCUGGUAAACAGGAGACGUGCAAGGAUGUGCAACACAAGAAGAGAGGGCGGCCGCGACUCAGGGAUGAUAGAGAAUUCGCAAGAAUGGAAGAAGGCAGACCGACCAGCCAACUGUUGGGUGCUCCACCUUUAGAAACCCCUGUUCACCAUUCGACAUAUCCAGGGUCUCUUCUACCCCGAGCCCCUGAUUCCCAGCGCAUGUUUGGGGGCACUGCCCACCAGCGAGAUCUCCCAAACGCCGGCCUUUCCUUACCGGCAUCUACGACGAGAGACGCAGCCGGCGGACCACUACCUUUGCCCUAUAGUACGGGAGCAAGCCCGGCAUACCACAAGCUUCCAGUUGCAUACUUGAGCUUGGACCUGAUGAUACAAAAAACAAAUCAUGCUUUUGCGGAAUUGGUAUCCUUUUUGGGAGACAUCCAGGGUAAGCAUCUUGGCGAUCUGCUAGAGCCCAGGCAAAACGAAAGUCUCCAGCGAUUGUGUCACGAACUACGCGAUGAGCGCGACGAGCGUGAGCCGGCAUACAUGGCACCCAUCACUCCUGUGGGGCAGGAUCCCAUGCGAUCAGUAAUGGACGCUGUAACAGAUCAAGAGAUUGACCACUUCACACAGGGCUUCACCAACAGGCCCAUCUACCUCAGCUUCCGCGCCCCAGGUGCAGAGCCAUAUCAGUCGCUGCAAGUCCAAAUCAGGCUUGCAAAGACCUCGCUGUACUUUGUGACGCUGGUUGUGAUAUCACCACCAAGGCUCGCAGCCCCAAACCUACUCACCCAGCAGCUUGCUCCUCCCACACCAAACAACGCACCUCAGACAACAUCUGCUCUAAACAACGCACCGGUGUCAUACCUCACGCCGCACCAGUCACGCCGACCAUCUUCAACCAGCUCCGGGCCGAACUCACCGUACUACAAUCUCUCAGCUGUCCGAACAUCAUUGCCUAUGAUAAGCCCCGGCUCCUACAGCAGCAGUCCAUCAUACGGCUACUCGCCCACCGCAGGCGCAGGCGCAGACACUGGAUACUUGCCUACCUACCAGCCUCCCGCCCAACCCCGCACGAAUACAUACCCCUCACCUUACGGAUCCGCCACUCGACCACCCGCAUCGUCUUCAAAGCAACCCUUCCGCGAACUGAACCGUCCCGCACGUCUUGAGGGCCUACACCUUCCGCCCAUUCGAACGGCGCCCUCACCUCUCGGUUCGCCACUGCACAUUGAAGCAAUGAGCACGGGUGCUCCAGCAGCAGCAGAACACGAGCGUGUUAGACCACUGGAGUCGCUGGCGAGUGGUGCCGAGCAGCGGAGGUUUGAGUCUCCUGAGACGGUGAAGCGGAGGCGAUUGGAUAUUCAACAGAUGCUGGAAUAA